AUGAAUUCCCCAGUAACAAUUCGUCUUGAACGUGAAAGAACUGAUCAACAAUGGGGUUUUCGUCUUCAAGGCGGUAGUGAUUUUCCUAUCCCAUUAUCGAUUCAACUGGUCAAUCCAAAUACUCUAGCUCAUAUAAAUGGUUUAAAUGCAGGUGAUCAAGUUAUAUCAAUUAAUGGUCGAAAUGUGACUAAUCUCACUCAUCAAGAUGCUAAAAUGGAAAUAACACGUUCCGGUAAUGAACUUGAAUUAACUAUCAUAAAAGGAGCAGUUAAUCAACAAUCGAUAUCAACACCUCAAUCGCUUUCACAAGUAAAAACAGGUUCUGUAUAUCAAAUGCAAAGUUCACAAGUUGUGAAAACUAAUUUUACUGUACCGAAUCAACCUCAAACUCAUCUUGGUAAUAAUCAUAAUCGAGCAGCGAUGCAAUACGAUGAACCAACGGGUGAUUAUACAAAAGAAACUCCUGAACAUCUGCGUCCGAAAGUUUCAAAUUUUGAAUCAUCACCAGCUUAUAAUCGUGAUCCACUUCAACGUGAAAUAUGGAGACCAAAAGCAUAUCGUGACAAUUCACAAGCUUCAGCUCGCCAUAUUGGUACAGCUGUUUAUCAUGCCCAAUAUAAUUCUCCAAUAGGACUUUAUAGUGAUGAUAAAGUUCUAGAAGCAUUUAAAUCACAAACAGGAAAUUUAAUUGAUGAAAUUAAAGGAAAUAAUACUUCUCAAUCAACAACGAAUCAUAAUAAUAGUAUUCAUAAUCAACCAUCACCUACAUAUCAAGCUGUAAUGAAUUGUGAACAACAAAAACAUAUGCCGUAUUCAUCUGAAGGAAAACUUUCUCGCUCAUUUCGUGCUCUUGAACAAGAUCUGUUGUCAGUUCAAGGUACAUCCAAAGCACCUAAAUCUAUUUUCGAUCAACGUCGUCAACAACAAUAA